CAGCAGGCAGCAGCAGCAGCAGCAGCAGCAGCAGCAGUAGUUCAGGAACCGUGCUGAAGCUUCCAAUUUUCUUUUUAUCACCGUCAGCCACAGAAAAGGCCCGAGGAGAGCACUGGGUCCAGCCGGGACAAAGUGAGCUCGCAGAAGCGCCUGUGAUCGGGCUUGAGACAGAGAGCACAUUCCAUCAGAGGGAAAUGAGCCUCUCAGCCUGCUCUAAGCCUGUAUGACGGGCUGAGGGCUCUUUGACUCAGGACUUUACCCCACUCUUUCUCUUUCAGCAGCUCUGACUUACAAAGGGAAUCAGAGGGGGGGAAAAAAGAAGAAGAAUCAAAGUACUCGCUCUCAGUUUGAAAAGGAAGUCCCAAGAUUCAGGGAUGGAGGAGGGAUAUGAGCUCGACCUCACGUAUAUCACAGAACGUAUCAUUGCCGUGUCCUUCCCCCGGGGAUGCUCAGAGGAGAUCUACUCACACAACCUGAAGGAUGUCACGCGAAUGCUCAAGUCCAAGCAUGCAGAUAAUUACCUGAUUAUUAACCUCUCGGAGAGAAGACAUGAUCUCUCUAAAAUGAACCCCAAGACCCUGGAUACAGGCUGGCCGGACAUGCACGCUCCACCUCUGGAUAAGAUCUGCACCAUCUGCAAGGCCAUGGAGAGCUGGCUCAAUGCUGACCCUCUACAUGUGGUGGUUAUACACUGCAGGGGCGGCAAGGGUCGAAUCGGUGUUGUCAUUUCAUCUUUUGUGCAUUUCACCGAUGUGUCGGCCAGUGCUGAUCAGGCGUUGGACCGCUUCGCCAUGAGGAAAUACUACGAUGAUAAGGUCUCAGCUCUGAUGACACCUUCGCAGAAACGGUAUGUUUGGAUCCUCAACAGUCUGUUAAGUGGAUCCAUGAAGAUCAACGCCUCCCCCUUGUUCCUGCACUGUGUCAUCCUUCAUGGGAUACCAAACUUCGACGCCACUGGAGUUUGUCGUCCAUACAUCAAGGUUUACCAGGGAAUGCAAGCAGUGUAUUCAUCUGGAAUCUAUCACAUUGGUCCAGGCCACAGAGACCGGGUAUGCAUCACCCUGGAGCCUGCCCAGCUUCUAAAAGGGGACAUCAUGAUUAAAUGCUAUCACAAAAGUGACCUCACUUCAGAGCGUGAAGUUAUUUUCCGGCUGCAGUUCCACACGGGAGCAGUGCAGGGCUACAACCUGAUGUUUGAAAAAGAAGACAUGGAGGCUGCCAGCAAAGAUCCCAGAUUUCCCGAUUAUGGUAAAGUGGAACUGGUGUUCUCCGAGGGACCGGAGAGAAUCCCAGGUGCCGACAGGUGGCAAAAUGGGACAGAUGUUAUUGUGGACUACAACACAGCAGAUCCUCUAACCCGCUGGGACUCCUACCAGAACAUCUGUGAUGGUGAAGCGCCACGCUCUCAAGGCCUAAGCCAGGACAAAGCGGCUAGCAAGAGGAGCCCCAGCGGAGGAGAGGCAACGCUGGGCCGAGGGGCCCGCACGACCUCCGCCACAUCCAGCCCUGACCACAGCGACCACGCCCUCUCUGUCAGCAGUGACUCAGGUCUGUCUAGCACUUCCCUGUGGGCAGACAGACCCACACCUAUCACCACCGCCACCGCCGCCGCCGCCACUGCCACCGUCACCGUCGUCAGGGCUAACCAGGGCCCCAGCCAGCAGGAGAAGGUUCAGCUGAAGCGCCUCCUAAGCGGCUUUGGUCUUGAGGACCCCUCACUGGAGGAGAUGGAUGAUCAAGGCCCAAGGGUGGGCGUCCAGCAGAUAGUCCCAGCCCAAGUGCACAUCAACGGAGACCCCCGUCCCAGAGAGAGGGAAACGGACAUUCUGGAUGAUGAGGUUAUUACGGGUCACGAUCUACACAGCGUGGACAGCUUGGGAACCUUGUCGUCCUCCUGCCACAAGAGCAGCCAGAACUCCCUGCUGUCGGAUGGCUUCGGGAGUCCUGGAGGAGAGGAGCAGCAGAGCCAAAGCCAGCACCACCUUCACCAUCCUGCACCCCCUCCCAUGGAGGAAUAUGAGAGAUCCUACGCCGAGGCUAGAAGGGGCUGUCUGAGCUCCCGGAGCAACUCUGUGGCCUCCUCUAAUCCCGGUAGUGCUCCCAUGCCCAAGCAGCAUGUCUACCGACAGGGAAGCUAUUCCACACAGUCCUGGGUUCGCCAGCAGCAGAUGGUUGCUGCACAACAGUUUAUCUACAUGCCAGAGGAAGGAAAUGAGACUGAAAGAUACCCAGGGAGCAAGCAGGGGAGCAGUUUACCCAAAACAGGCCUGCCCGCUGAACCACAGGGCCCAACGAAGGACACAACAGUGGAUGCUCUGAGAAACACAGCACCCCACAAGGAACAGACGACAAUAAACAAUAACAACAACAACAAACAGGACGAGGAGUUCAAAUCUUUAACGAUGGACAUUGACAACUCCAUCGAUCAGCUCAAUCAGCUCAUCAUGGACCUGGACCCCACAUUUGUGCCUGUAUCGAGCUCCGUUAAGAGGAAUGGCAGCGCGCAUGUAAACAGCUCAGGCGGCAAAUGCUCAAACGGCAUCAAUCUCAGAUUCAGCAAUAAUAACGCAGCAACCCUGACAAACACACAGCAGACAGCUGUCCAGUCCAGUGAGGGACGGGUGGGUGUCACACGGAGUUUGAGUCAUCAAGGAAGCGAUGUGACGGAUCACCCAGGCUUCUGUAGUUCAGGGUGGGGCGGGACAGAGGAGUACAGGGGCCAGCGGACAUACUCCCCCUGUGUGCCACAGUCUCAGCAUCCCAUGUUGUACAGGAGUGACAGCGCUGACUACAGGGCCCAGGGCCCAGACAUGGACAGUGGGGUCGAGGCCGGGAGUGACAUGACCCCACCCACUCCUGCCUUCCCCAUCUCUCCACCUACACCAUAUGUGAAAAAUAUGUCAGAAUUAACUCACCUCAGGCAAAUGCCAUCUCCAAGCAUGCAGUCAUAUGGAGGCUACAGAACAAACCAUGAACUGCGGGAAUAUUCAGAGAUGAUCGGCCAUGUUGGAGUUGACGGUUUGCCAGACUCAUCCAUCAACUGCCACAGGACGCUAAGUGCUACACACUCUGCCUCCACUGUUGGGACCCUAAAGCGGACAGACAGCUCAUCUAUGAACCAGUCCUGGCCAGAGCAUCCCGUCCUGAGCCGCCACUCUUCCCUGAGCGGCUACACCUCUACCAGACAACCACCGCAGCACUCCAUCUCACUGGACUACGGCCACCACUCUCCUCCCCUGCACCACCCCCAUAUCCACCCGGCCCCCAACGCCCACAGCUCUCCUCGAAGCAGCCAGCGAAGCCGCAUGGCUCGCUACGCUCUCAGCCACAGUCCAGCUCAAAGCUUUGACGAGCAGGAUGACACGGGUGUCGGCUACGGCACGGACUGCCCAAACGCCAGCUCUUCUCUGCUGGGAAAUGGAGGCAUGGACAGGGAUCUUUUGACCUCCAUGGAUGGGCAGAGUCAAUCACAGAGUCAGCCCCAGAUACAGCCCCCACUCCUGCCUGAGAAGAAGAGGGCGUCGGACGGGGAGCAUUCGCUGGGAACAGCCUCUCCAGCCCUCAGCGGCUUCUCGAGUCCCCACAGUGGGAGCUCCGUUAGCAUCCCCUUCCCCAACGUCUUGCCUGACCUGUCAGCUCAGACACCAGGCACAGCCUCACCUCUGCCAGAUGUACUGGCCAGCAAGCAGGUUACUGUAAAAUUUGUGCAGGACACAUCGAAAUUCUGGUAUAAGCCAGAUAUCUCAAGGGAUCAAGCCAUUUCAGUCUUGAAGGACAAGGAGCCUGGCUGCUUCAUCGUGAGGGACAGCCACUCCUUCAGAGGGGCCUAUGGGCUGGCGAUGAAGGUGGCUACACCCCCACCCUCCGUUCUCCAACAGACCAAGAAAGGAGGCGAUCUAUCCAAUGAAUUAGUACGCCACUUCCUGAUUGAGUGUACACAGAAAGGGGUGCGGUUGAAGGGUUGCCCCAAUGAGCCCUAUUUCGGAAGCUUAACCGCAUUGGUCUGCCAACAUUCAAUCACUCCCUUGGCCCUGCCCUGUAAACUUAUUAUACCUGACAGAGAUCCUCUUGAAGAUGUUGUGGAGAAUAUCUCACAAUCAGUCACCAACUCUGCUGCUGAGCUGCUAAAACAGGGUGCAGCCUGUAACGUGUGGUACCUGGGCUCAGUGGAGAUGGAGUCCCUGACGGGUGUCCAGGCAGUGCAGAAAGCCACCAGUAUGACUCUGAGCUCAAACCCUCCACCAACCUCCACCGUGGUCCACUUCAAAGUUUCCUCCCAGGGAAUCACCCUCACUGACAACCAGAGGAAACUCUUCUUCAGGAGGCAUUACAAUGUCAAUACAGUCAUCUUUUGUGCCUUGGACCCUCAAGAUAGAAAGUGGAAAAAAGAUGGCUGCCCUUCAGCAAAGAUCUUCGGCUUUGUGGCAAGGAAAACUGGCACUUCCAUGGACAAUAUAUGUCACCUGUUUGCAGAGCAUGACCCUGAGCAGCCAGCAAGUGCCAUUGUCAACUUUGUGUCAAAGGUGAUGAUCGGCUCGCAGAAGAGUAAGUAGGCCGGAGCUGAUCACCUGGACAAACAACAAAUAAAGACUGAAAAGCUGAACAAAGGGCAAAAUGUAAAGACUGAAGAUGGUGAUGACCUGAACAUUAACCCUGGAUAUUAACUGGAUAUUAUAUACAUUAUCAUCACUUACCAGCACCAGGACAUUUAAUUACAUCUUUAAGUAGAAAAAUAUAAAUCCCCUUCUAUUUUGUUAUUUUCCUCUCCUGUAAAAUGAAAUGUAAAUUAGCCAAUUAUGAAAACAUCAAAAUUCUAAAAAAUGUGUAAUCUUUUUCUACUGGUUUACAACUGUAAUAUCUUAUACAGUUAUAUUCAUUCUCAUCGUAUUUUAAGGACAUAACACAAAAGCUGCUUUUCUUAUCCAUGCGUAGAAUUUUUUAUGGACAAAACCCUACGUUUUGCAUGUUGCUUUUUCUUUCUACUAUUUAACCAAAACAAGCUUCAUUCAAGCUAUUAACUUCCUGUAAAGUUGUAGCCGAUGUCUAUGCUGCAUCUGUCCAGCGUGCAAUUUUGCUUCAUGGAGUUAAAAUUGUGCAAAGGAAAGUGCAGCAGAUAUGUAUAAUUUGGACUCUGGGACUGGCUACAUCGCAUACAGGAUUAUUUUAUCUAUGCAAUGUAAAAUUUUAUUUUUUUAAACCACAGCCGUCGGUACAUGUACCUGGCUUCUCUGAACUUGUUAAAUCAUUUUCUUCAUAAGAUGGAUGUGAAUAUGACCACUUAUAAAGCUGUCAGUAACAGUUUAAUGGAAGUGUGUGUGAGUGUGUGUGUAUGUGUGUGUGUUCUGAAAUGAGAGAAACCAUAGUAAAAAAGUAUUUUAAUUAAACGCUAAUAUAUAUAUUGACUUGACAGGAGUUGGUUAAAAACACAUUGGUACUUUGUGUAGAAGACAGUGGCAUUCCACUCACCCAGCUGCCAAACCUUACACUCUUUGUGGGGGCACGUGGCCACUAACAGCACUGCAGUGUUUCAGUAUCAAGAAUCAAUCAGUAUACACCAUUUUGUAUAUUUGAUUUGACUUUUUUUUUUUUAAAAACACACAGGCUGCUAUAUUGAGAAAGCAAAUGCUGUCAUUGCGUUAGUUUUUAAAACGUGAGAACGCUCAGUGUUGGAAUUGCACAAAUAAAUUUAGUAUUGGACAUAUUCAGCUGGUCAUCUGUCUAUGACAUAUACAAUAUACUUGCUCUGGGAGACAGAUUAAAAUGUUGAUAAUCCCAGCUGAGUUUGUGUUGACGUUGUAUAUGAGAUGAUGACAAAAAAAAGGUCAUUCCUUUUAACUAUUUUUGUGUGUUGGGCAGCCAUUUCCGCCAGAGAGGGACCUACCACCACAAUAAAGCUCUGUUGAUAUUCUUGCAUUGUUUAUGUACACAUUUGUUAUGAUGUUAUCAUUUUCAUGACCUAUUAUCUGUACCUCAUACUUAUCUCAUACAAUACUGUGCCUCUGUUUAUAACAUGCUACAUGUGAACAGUUUAUGUGUAUAUUGAUGUCGCGUUGUUUUUGAUGUGUUCUGUAAAUAAACGAAAGGAAACGUUUAUGUAAUCUUGGUGAUCCGUUAACCCUUCAAAUUAAAAGUUUGA